AUGGAGAUAAAUAAAAGACGCCCACGAAUUGUAUACGUGGAUCCGCAGGGUAUUUUCUCCGAAUUUCAGCAGGAGCUAACAUCGAGAUUGCCUUUGCACAACCUUCAUUGGAACCCUGGCGACCGCCCGUUGAGAACAAUCCCUGUGUUGGAUGUCGAGUUUGUGCCGCUAGGUCAUCAGGAGAAGAUCCACCAAAACAGAGGCUUGACGGAUGAGCCUCUUGUUCGGAUGUUGAUCCUUGAAGCUGACGGAAUUGAUGAGUACCGUGGGAAGCUACGCAAAAUCGCCAAGGAAUGGAGGAACGACGAUGCGCAUAUUCGUGAGCCUACAGGAUGGUUGGUGGCGCACUACAUUGGCAAAGGAAAACCUCAUUCGAAGUCUGUCUGGCACAAACUGAACACAGAUUUCGAAGGGCACGUCGUGCAGAUAGACAUGGAUUUCGACUUGAAGGCUGAUCUCGACGAGAUGUGGGGCAAAUUUUUUGCUGUGCUGAAAUACCAUGCUUUGGACGCGUUUAGCCGCCGCGUUGCUAGCUAUGAGAGCGAGAUUCAGAAGCUUGAAGCUGGUCGCAAUAAUGUCGGCUGGAACUUCGGUACACUAUUCUGCAUAAAGGAGGGCCUGGCAUCAUCUUUCGAGCGUAUGAACUUUUUGGAGGAUGCUUUGCAAACCUACGCGGAGUUGGAAAAGACCGUUGAUCCUUCAUGUUUCACCAAGAAUGCGUCGUGUGACACCACGAGUGCUAUUCUUGAGGUGGACCAACACAAGGUAUCGGAUACUAUUUUGGAAUACAAUGUAUCGAAGUUUGACUACUAUCGCUACCUUUAUUCACGCCAAAUCCGUAUUCUAAUUUAUCAAGCUGAGGCUGCAGAAUCGACGUCCAAAUCACUUGCCGAAAGACAUAUUGUAUUUGCUCUACAAAAGGCACGUGAGUACAUUGUACGACUAUUAAGCCUGCUAGGCGGUAACAUUUCUGUUUCUGAAGCUAUUAAAUGGCAAUACCGGGCUGCUUGUGAGGUCUAUCGCGCGAUCGAGCCAUUUGUAGCUAGCAGCGAAGCUGGUCGCGGUGAGCUUUUGCUUAUAGAGCGGGAGGCGUUACAAGCACUAGGUCAGCUCAAAGGAUACAGAAUUCCUGGAAUUUUGAGUGACAUCCCUCUCACAGAAGUAACUGAUGACUCCGUUCAGGCUGAGAACAGUGUUGACUCUGAUAUGGACAAGUUGGUAGCAGAUGAGGAAACUUAUGUGAAGGAGUACGUGAGGCUAACUCAGGAAGUUUUCGAAAAGUUUCAGUCCACAUCAAACUUGCCGAGAACAAUUGGCUAUCUUGUGUAUCAGAUGGCAGCUGUUUAUUAUUAUCACUACGAAGAUUGGGCCAAGACGAUCCAGCUUCUGGACGUGCUUCCUCGUAAGUAUGCCAAAGCGGGAUGGUUGGAAAUCUCCGCUGAAUUGCAUCGCAUGUUUAUCGAUUGUGCUCAGAAACUCGGUAAAAAUGACAAGGUGAUCGAAUUGGCAUGGAGUGCUCUGUAUCUGCGUCCAGUACUUUCACCCGAAUUGAAUGAUCAAUGUAUUCAAUUCAUUGAAGAGCUCGGUGAUUUACAGCCAACAGAAGCGCCUGUAAGUCGCUGGUUCGAUGUAGAGAUUCUACCCUACUUGCACGCUGAUGGACGUUACUACGUUGAGGUGAACCUGAAGAAAAAAGACUCAUUAGGAUUUCUGGGCUUCGACAAGGCAGAGCUUUUUGCCUAUCCUCAGAACAUGCAUGUUCCUAUUGAUCAAACGCCAAUUGUGUUUUCGACAACAGAUGUCAGUGGUGAAACCCUCAAACUUUCCACUUCACGGUUCGUUGAGGGCACGAUUGUUUUCAAAAAGUUUAUGCUAUCUCACAAGAAGCAGGUUCUUGUCGACUCAGUUAACUUGGAGAUGGAAAUGGUGCCUUUCUCGACUGCUUUCAAUGCAUCCUUGCAGGUUGGUCGUGAAUUUGCAACCACUAAACGCAAUGUGGAUCUAAAAAUUUCAAGCCCCACGCCCGUUGACGUCAAAGUUCGUAUGAAUGCGGUAGAUGGGGUCCAGCUUUUGACCGAACGCAUCUCAGAUACACCUUUAAAACAGAUUACUGAAGCUGUCAUCAGUGUCCCCGCCUUGGUUGACUACACUAAGGAACGUAUUGGUAUCCGAGUCGUUAUUGAGUAUUCCGACGGCGGUUGGUAUGAGUUUCUCGAUGAUGUUGACCUUUCGCUGUUCAUUAGCGUGCAAUCCGAUGAGAAACUUCGUGCGGAUAAAGUAAUUACCAGGUUUCUCGUUGAGAGCGCCGAAAGCAUGCCUGUGAUCGUGCAGAACAUCUCUCUGAGUGACUCCAGAGACUUUUCUGUGAUUGAAGCAGGCGAGAGCAAGCCAGGGAUUGUUCUUCAAGGAUCUCCAGUCCAUCACUAUUUCACGCUUGGUAAAUCCGCAGACUCGAGCAAGCCACGGGAUCUUGCACUCGAAGUCAAGCAUAGAACGGUACGCACCGAGUGUGAGGCCAUCAUGUGGUCUCAUAUUGAUUUGGAUACGUAUGGACUUCAGGCAUACAGCAUACUCGUGAAGCGGGCACUACGGGAUAUUCCUGUUGACAUUGUACUAUUCAUUUUCCAGGAUCGAUUCAAGGUUGACCCAGACGAGGUCAAGAAGCAUCUUGCCGCUCGCUUGGGAAGUGUACAGCUCGACCAUAAGUCGAAGCUGCUAGAAGUUGUUCCCCAGGCUCUUUGUUCUGGAUUUUUAGGACACGAGACAGAGUUCCCAGAAUUAGAUACAGUCUUCCGUGUCCUGGUUCCUCCACCUGAGAAAUCUGUUGUUCACUUUGUAUCGCUCAAUUUUGAAGAAAGCGACUGUUAUCUUGUUGGACAAGCUAUCAAGUGUCAGCUUUGCAUCAAACCUGAUUUCACAUGGGCUGGUCCCAAAGACAAUAAGGAUGAAUUCACUUACCGAGUACUUGACAGUGAUAAUGGGCUUGCGUUCAGCGGUAUCCUCUGGGGCAAGUUCUCGAAAGAUGAAGUGAGGGUUGAUCUCUUUCUGACGCCGUACAAAGCUGGACUUUUGGAAACGCCUGAAGUUGAAAUCACCUGCAACAACUCGCGAAUUCGUAUGGAAGUUGUCUUGAGGCAUGCUGCCCGUAAGAUCAUGGUUGUUCCUAGCAUCAAUCGUCUUGUUGUUACAUUUUAA